UCGGAAAUCCCGUCCACUGUGAAGGGAAAACGGAGUAAGUGGCAGCAGCUAUGUGCAUGUGCGUGCCACGUGGCCACUUGUUCAGGAUGCCAAAGCCCACCCGCUCUACCAUUUUAUAAUGUCAUUCUUCCUCUUCAUCCAUCAUAUUAUUUCUCUAUAUUUAUGUGCAGCCCCAUAGCUUCUUUUGCUCUCCUUUUUAUAUUUGGGACCUGAUGAUUUUUUGUAUCAUAAUCAAUCAAUCUUAGGCCAUUCCAUAAAAAUAAUUUCUUCUCUCUUGCUAGAUCUGUCUCUGUAAAGGACCACCACCAUUUCCUUUUUUAGCAGGUUUUGCUGGAUUAUCCGUGGUUCUUAAACGUGUGAUUAUAAAUAAAUAAUGUUUAUUGAAGAGGCCUGCCUGGAUUUUGUUCUAGGUUUCUGAUCUUUUCGGCGUGGGAUUGGUGGCUCUUAUUUGUUUGAGGAGGUUAGGUUGUUGAAGAGAUGAGAUUUUUAUUUUUUGGGUUCUCAAUUGGCUUUAAGAGGAUGUGAUUAUGUGUUGUUGCAUAGGCUUGAAUUAAUUCAAUAGUUUGUUGCAUCGGUGUGAAUUGAUUCAAUAGUCUUGGUAGGUCAACUAGUUUAAAGAUUGAAUAUUUUUGCAAUUAGAAGAUCGUUGCAGGGAAUUACUUGGUAACUAUAUAGUGGAAUUCUUCAGUCACAAACUAGAUCUGAUCAUGGUUAUCGGUUUGGGACCCAUCAAUUUCAGAGGUUGAAAAAAAAUUCACUUCUUUGUGACGUAUCACCGGCCUGGCCUUCACAAUCGAUCGACAAGGGUUGGUUUUUUUCUUCAUGCUAAGGCUUCAAAAGCUGAGUAUUAGAAGGUGAAUCAAUAAAAUAAAGUGUGUUUCUUUGGUAAUCUGUUAUCUUUAACUGAUUUAGUUAGAUGGUAUGCAACUUUGGCCUGAGGGCUGCUUUUUUUCGAGCUGGAGCAUCUGUGAGUCUUCUCGGAAGAGAGGGGCGAUUGUGGGGUUUUAGUGGGGGAGUGAAUGCACGGCCAGGAUUGAAGUAUCCUCUGUGUUGUAAGUUUACGGGAGCCAGAAAGAUGAUGGUGGAUACGAAUAAUAGCACUACUGAUUCUUCUAUAGUGGAUGUCUUGCCUGAGAAAGACAAUGUCGAAGAUGGUGGCUUUGCUAGCGGCGGCUGGCGAAGUGAGGAUGGAAAACUAAGCUGUGGGUAUUCAAGCUUUAGAGGAAAAAGAUCAAGCAUGGAAGAUUUUUAUGAUGUUAAAACUGCUAAAAUCGAUGGGCACACAGUUUGUCUGUUUGGGAUUUUUGAUGGUCAUGGUGGUUCGCGUGCUGCUGAAUAUUUAAAGGAACAUCUUUUUGAGAAUCUCAUGAAGCAUCCGCAGUUUGUCACCGACACCAAAUUGGCUAUAAGUGAAACAUAUCAAAAGACAGAUUCGGAUUUUCUGGAAGCUGAAAGUAACACUUUCAGGGAUGAUGGUUCAACUGCUUCAACAGCGGUGUUGGUCGGUCGCCAGUUAUAUGUUGCAAAUGUCGGAGACUCACGUGCAGUGAUAUCAAAGGCAGGAAAAGCCAUUCCCCUUUCAGAGGAUCAUAAGCCAAACAGAAGUGAUGAGCGCAAGAGGAUAGAGAAUGCUGGAGGAGUUGUUAUGUGGGCAGGUACUUGGAGAGUAGGAGGUGUCCUUGCAAUGUCCCGUGCAUUUGGCAACCGGUUACUGAAACAGUUUGUAGUGGCAGAGCCAGAGAUUCAGGAACAAGAAGUCACUGAAGAUCUUGAGUGUUUGGUCUUGGCUAGCGACGGCCUUUGGGAUGUUGUGCCAAAUGAGGAUGCGGUGUCCCUUGCUAAAACUGUGGAGGAGCCUGAGGCAGCAGCCAGGAAGCUCACAGAGACUGCCUACAUGCGUGGCAGUGCCGACAACAUCACGUGUGUCGUCGUUCGAUUCCAUCACAAGGCGGACUUGGACUCCCCACUUUCUACUGAAGACUAGGACUUCUCGCCACCAACACCGCCAAAAGAAAAAACUCUUAUUAAGUCACUUCUAUCGGCAUUCUUAAACCUUUGAUUUUAUUUUAUUUUAUAUUUAAGUUGCUUUCUUGUUCUUUGUAGUUUAUUUAUUGUAUUGCUUGUUCUCGUUUGGUAUUUCCUAUCUUGUUUCUAUGUAUUUGAAGUUUUGGGCAUGGAUAGAUGUGCUUGAAACACUCUUUGCACUCUGAAUCAAGGAUCAAUCCUGGCUAAACAGGCUUGAUGGUUUUUCAGCACCCAUGUAUGUAUUACAUAGUACUUAUGAGGAAAUUCGAUGCUCCUGCAGGAGCGUACUAUC